AUGUCGCCUCCGCAGAGCACAGCAGCUGGAUCGAAGAGCUCUGCUAGCGCUGCCUCGUCGGCCAGAUCAUCGAUAGUCGAAGCUGCAGGCUACAAGCUCCCUCAGCCCGAAGCGGGACCGUCCAGGUCCGGCCCUUCCUCUCGCCGGUCUUCGACGUCCUCGGCCAGCUCUCGGAAAGGCAAGGAGAGGGCACACGACAAUGACACGGCAUCAGCAGGCGUCCAAGAGUCCCCAGCGGCUGCAGGUAGCCAUGCUACAGCUGGCGGACAAGGGGAUGGAAGCGGAAGCGACGAAGAAGAAGAAGAGGAUGACGAGGACGGAGAUGAGGAUGAGCCAGUACUCAAAUACAGCCGCCUAAAGGGCAAGCUGCCGGAGAUACUGGCGAAGGAUUCCGCAUCAGCUGUUGAUGUAUCGCCGCGAGUACUGGCUAUAGGGACGCAUAAUGGAAUGGUUCAUGUCUUGAGCUAUGAGGGCGCCAAAGUCAACUCGUAUCGGCCACACGCGAACAGUAUCACCUGUUUGAGGAUGGACGAGGAGAAUGACUAUGUCGCCACGACCAGUAUGGAGGGCCGAGUCGUCAUCCACUCCCUCACAGCCCCUGACGACCACGCUUUCGACUACAAGCGGCCUGUGCACUGUAUCGCCCUUGAACCUGGCUUCGCGAAGAAGAAUACUCGAGCGUUUGUCUGCGGAGGUACAGCCGGAAAUCUGGUAUUGCAGGAGAAGGGAUGGCUGGGGUACAAGGAGCAGGUGCUGCAUAGUGGGGAAGGGCCGAUCUGGGCUGUGGAGUGGAGGGGGACGUAUAUCGCAUGGGCGAACGAUACUGGAGUGAGGAUAUACGAUACCUCGACGUCCACCCGGAUAGGCUACAUCGAUCGCCCGCCAGAUUCACCUCGAGCGGAGCUCUUCCGUCCAACCCUUCUUUGGAAAGACGACAACACCCUCAUCAUCGCCUGGGCAGACUACGUCAAGGUCGUCCGAAUUCGUUCUCGCGCCCGAGCGAUCGGCACCCACCCCACCAUCUCCAUCGAGAUGACCGCGAUCUACCAAGUCGACUGCAUGAUCUCCGGUAUCACGACAUACGGCUCGGCAUACCUCAUCCUCGCUUACAUACCCCCAGAAACGAUCAUCUCGGAAAAGACGGAUGAUCCGGCCGAACAGCGGAGAAAAGCCGCAAAUCGGCCUGAACUGCGCAUCAUCUCGAAAGGGGAGGAAACGUCGGCGGAUGCGUUGGGACUGAGCCAGUAUCAUCUUUUCGGCGGGAAUGACUACAAGCUCGUUAGGUCUCGCAGACCUGGAGAAGAGUUCUUUGUCGUCAGUCCGAAAGACGUGGUGGUCGUACGCCCGAGGGAUGAGGCGGAUCAUGUCGAGUGGUUGUUGGAGAGGGAGCGGUUUGAGGAGGCGCUGGAAGUGGCAGAGAAGCUGGAGAAGCAGCAUGGGAGCGCGAUGGACGCUAAAGCUAUUGGGCGGAAGUACAUGGUGCAUCUGGUCGGCAAGGGUGACUUUGACCAAGCAGCUUCCUUGGCGUCAAAGGUGCUUGCGAGCGAUGUACCCGCUUGGGAGAAGUGGAUUGACGAUUUCAAGAUCAAGGGUCAUCUUGCUGCCAUCAUCCCUUAUAUCCCGGUCGAAGAGCCACAACUGGGGAAGGCGACCUACGAAAUGAUACUGGAUCACCUUCUCAUGAACGACAAGCCGGCUCUGCUCAAGACCAUCACCACCUGGCCGUCCGAUAUCUACGAUAUCAACAAUGUCAUGUCGAACGUCAAGUCCGAGCUUGACGGGAGCAAAUCUGAGCCUCUACUCCUUGAAUCUCUAGGAGAGCUCUACGUCUUGAACCGCCAACCCGCCAAAGCGCUCCCCUACUUCCUCCGCCUUCGCAAGCCGAAUGUAUUCGACCUGAUCCGGGAUCAUAAUCUGUUCACGUCGAUCCAGGACCAGGCGCUCCUGCUUGUCGAAUUUGACCAGGAGCGCGUGAGGAUCGGCGAGGUUGACAAGGAGAAGGCGGGCGAGAUUGCACUGGUCAAUAGUACGGCGAAACAUGGGCGGGCUAUUGAGCUGUUGGUUGAGCAUACGCAUUCGAUACCUGUCGAUCGAGUCGUACAUCAGCUCGAAGCGAAGUCAAAGUACCUAUACAUGUACCUUGACGCGCUGUUCGAGAAGGAUGCGCAGGUGGUUCUGCCUUAUUCGGACCGAAUGGUCGAGCUAUACGCAGCAUACGACUACCCUCGCCUUACCCCUUUCCUCCGCUCCAGCAACUUCUAUGAUCUCGAGAAGGCAUACAAGAUCUGCAAAGACCGCGAUUAUGUCCCCGAACAAGUCUUCCUGCUCGGCCGAAUGGGCAACAACAAGCAGGCGCUUAUGCUCAUCAUUGAGCGGUUGGGGGAUGUACAGCGUGCGAUCGACUUUGCAAAGGAGCAGAAGGACGAGGACCUCUGGGAGGAUCUCCUCAGCUAUUCCGAGUCGAGACCCGACUUUAUCCGAGCGCUGCUGGAACAUGUGGGAUCAGAAAUCAAUCCAAUCAGGCUCAUCAGGCGGAUCCGGGAUGGUCUGGAAAUACCCGGUCUCAAGCCGGCCGUGAUGAAGAUCCUGCAGGCGAGCAAUCUUCAGGUCGGGCUGCUAGAGGGGUGUCAGCGGAUUUUGGAGGGAGACGUGGCGGGUCUGAUGCUGGGGUUGAACAAGGGGCAGUCGGGUUGUCUGCGCGGAUCUACUACGACAAAAUGCCAGAUCUGCGACCUCCCUACCUAUACCGCCUCCCCCUCAUCUACCGACCCUGCCGCUCCGGCCCUGAUCUACCUGUGCCGCCAUACCGUGCACGCGACGUGCGCACUCCCGCACGCGGAUAUCGACCUCCCGCCCCGCCUAGACAAUCCGGGCGUGACGCAUUUGAUGAGCGGGGAAGGUCAAGGAAGGCGGAGCGGGAAGAGCCUGAACAGAGCGUUAGGGGCGAGGCUGGGGUAUGCGGCUGCGCUGAGAGCGAGGGUGGGCGGGUGUCCGGUCUGUGUCAAGGAGGGCAGGCGGGAGAGGGAGAGCGGAGGCGGGGGAAUGGUGCCCGUUGCUGCAUAG